AUCUCACAACCCGUCCAAGCUUCAGUCACGACAAACCCCGACGGUCUUGUCUCAUCUUCAAUUCUUCUCCUCACUUAUCCACAAUCCACCAUCAAUCCAAGUCAAUUGAACCUCACCCGUUCAAUAAUCCUCCCACGAUGGCAACCAUGUUUGCCCGUCAGGUGUUUCAACCUGUUCGAACCCUUCAGACGCAAGUCCGUCGGUAUGCCAGCGAGGCGCCCAAGAGCGGCGGCGGAUCGAACUCGCUCCUUAUCGCCGGUUUCCUCGGAGCAGCCACUGCUGGAGGGUACUACUACCUGACCAGCGACAAGGCGGGCGCUGCGAAGGCGACGGCACCGACAACGCCAUCGGAACCGGUGUUCAAAGGCGGCGAUCAGGGAUUCAUUUCACUGAAGUUGGACAAGAUCGAGACGUUGACUCAUAACACGAAGCAUUUCACCUUCAGCUUUGAGGAUCCGAAUGCGGUGGCAGGGUUGCCGGUUGCGUCGGCGAUUUUGACCAAGUACAAGGGACCCGAGAUGGAGAAGCCCGUCAUCCGCCCCUACACGCCCGUCAGCGCGGUAGACGAGAAAGGCCACAUCGACUUCGUGAUCAAGAAAUACGAGAAGGGGCCGAUGUCCACGCACAUGCACGACAUGUUAGAAGGGCAACGGCUGGAUUUCAAGGGGCCGAUUCCCAAGUACCCAUGGGAAACGAACAAGCACGAGCACGUCGUCAUGAUCGCCGGCGGCACUGGGAUCACGCCCAUGUACCAGGUGAUGCGCCGGAUCUUCGAGAACCCAGAGGACAAGACGAAGGUCACGCUGGUUUUUGGGAACGUGUCGGAGGGUGAUAUCCUGUUGAAGAGGGAACUGUACCACCUUGAGAACACCUACCCGCAGCGAUUCAAGGCUUUCUACGUCCUGGACAGCCCGCCGGAGAGCUGGUCAGGAGGCGUUGGGUACGUGACGAAGGAGCUGUUGAAGACCGUCAUGCCGGAGCCGAAGGAGGGGGAGAAGGUCAAGGUCUUCGUCUGCGGGCCGCCCGGCUUGUACAAAUCCAUCAGUGGCCCGAAGAAGAGCCCCGCAAACCAGGGGGAGCUGACGGGAUUCUUGAAGGAGCUGGGAUACAGCCCGGACCAGGUGUAUAAGUUCUGAGUGACAUCUCUCUACGCUAGAUUCUUGGGGGCGUGAGGAUAAUCAGGUGCAAGGUUAGAGAGCAUCUGCCACUCCGCUGUUCCAAUAGAAGUUAGAAGCCAUUCAAUGAUUUUGUCCAAUUUUGUAACAUCUAGUGAGAUAAUCAUUCAAUGAACUGCUGAAGUAAGACCCUAGCUGGAUGUAUGAAGGGUCCAUUC